UUGACAGCUCGGUACUGACACUGACAGCUACAUUUUCUAAACAGUGCAUGCUGGAAUAAAAAAUAUUUACAUUUAAUUUAUUUAAUUACAAAAAUGUCUAACAAUGGAGAAAAGUCUUCGACAUCAAACGGCUUAGCUCCAGAUCCACAGCAGAGGCUGGCUUCGUUAAAACCAACCCGAGACCUUACCUUGGGCGGAGUAAAACCUAACAAAAAAGUGUUCACACCGAAUUUAAACGUGGCUAGGAACAAAAACAAGGGACCGAAUCUAAACGCAGCUCGAGACCAAAAAAGAGAUGAUAAAGGCAAGAGGGACCGUAAAAACGAUAAAAACAGGAACAUCAAAAAUGGACCAAAUGUCAUCAAAUCUUCUGGUGUCUUUUCUGAAGGAUUGGGAGCAGUGGAGAGGCAGUCCGGACGCUUCGGGUCUUAUGGCAACCGGGAUGGUGGAGGAGCACCCGCUGCUACGCUCCAGAAACCUACCAUUAGAGUCAGAGACUUUGUAAAAGUUGACAAAGAUCUGGAAGACCAGAAAAUCAGAAGAGUCAUGGGCCAGGACAGCCCUGAGGAUGAGGAAUAUGAGAACUUCAAACAGGUGUCUGAAAAAGAUGCUCCCAUCAAGCUGCCCAUGGAUACCAGGGCAUGGGACCGCCACAAGCCGGUGCAGGUAAAACAGGAGGUGGUCGUGAAGGCGGAGCCCGGCGAGGACGCCCCGUGCACCAUAGCGACAGUGCCAGCACCGAUCGUCAAGAAGGAAGUGUUUGAAGAAAACGACGUGGUCAACCUGCUUAAGAAUGACCAACCCACGCUGAUAUUGUUGCAGUUGCCAGAUUCUCUACCAGGGCGCGGCAGCGGUGGCGGCGAGCCGGAGCCCUCCACGUCGGGGGACAACAAGGAGGAAGUGCCCUCUUCCGACGGUAGAUGUCGCCUGAGCGACCUGGAGGAGGGCCGCAUAGGCAAGCUGCGAGUGCACGCGUCCGGCCGCGUCACGCUCGCUCUCGGGGACACGAUCUUUGAGGUCAGCACCGGCACGAAGGCAGCCUUCUACCAAGAAGCGGUCUCCGUGGCCGCAGAAGAGUCCUCGCGCUCCGCUAACAUGAUCUCUUUGGGACCGCUACUACACAAACUCAACCUCACGCCUGAUUGGGAAUCCAUGUUCCAGGACAUGCCCGUUUAAACCCGUGUCCAAUGUUAUUACACUUAUAGCAUUACAAAAAGGUGCCCAAAAAUAUCUUCUGAGCCGAAGCCAUUAAGAAAAGGGUAGUCUAGCAGCUCUGCUAACAAGGUCUCUCUGGGGGUACAAGCUCAACCUCACGCCUGGUUCCAGGAUAUGCCGGUCUAAACUAGUGUCCAAAACGUAUACAGUUAUAGCAUUACACAUAAAGUGCCCAAAAAAAUCUUCAGAGCUGAAGCCAAUGUUUUAACAGUAGCCUUCAACUAAGAAGCACUGUCUGUGGCCUCAGAAGAGUCGCGCUCCGCUAACAUGGUGUCCUUCGGGCCCCUGCAGCACAAACUCAAACUCAUUCCUAAUUAGGAAGCCAUGUUUCAGUGGAUAGUCCAUCUCGUGCUCGAGGUACUGUCACGGCUUAUUCGUGUUAUGCUUAAUACUGAUUGGGUUAAAACGAUGAACAUCAGUUUUUGCCUUGUGUUGCUUGAUUUACAUUGACUAUUAUAAAAAUGGAGCAAGACAAAUUUUUGUCACUCGCGAGUCCAUUUUGUCAGAAUAAAUAAAUUGUGUACAUAAUGUUAAACAAUAAGUUUAUAGAUGUAAAUAUAAUUAAGUGUUGUUUUAAGUGAUAUGUACUUUUGUAAGAAUAAUAAAACAAAUGUUAUUA